AUGAGUGGCAUGGACGACAACGAAGACGAGACCGAUCUCUUCGACGACGAUGACUUCGACAAUCUAUCAGAGUCCGCUCUACAGCAACUAGAACACCAUGCCAUUCUAUCAACCCAGAAAGCGCAGGCCUCCAAAACUGCCCCGGUACCUGCGCACCCCUCAACAACUUUGCCGCAGUCGAAAUUUGUGCCUCAGGCACCGUUCAAUGCUCGACCCCAGCCUGCGCACCCAGCCAUUCAGAGAUAUCUGACGGAGGACGAUGAUAGCUUUGAGCUGGUUGGAGAAGAGGGUGUGCCCACCCCAAUUGACGAUCAAGAUUCUUAUCCUAUACGUCGAAUUCGGCUUGGCGAAGCUGUUCAGAGAGAACAAUUCCGCCAGCAACGGUACGGUCAAGCCUAUGGUGCUGUGUCCCAUCCACCGCUCGAGGGGUCGAAUCAUCGACGUCAGAGAGGUUCGUUCGAAGCAACUCCGGCAGGCGGCUUCAACCAUGGGCCUGCAGCAGGGCUGGACGAAAUGUCGUUGGACACUCCGCUUCAACAAACCGGCACAGCCGUCCUGGAAGAUGCUCACGAUGCUUCCCACAAGGGUCUCGACGAACUGCUCCGAGAACGGGAAGAACUCGCUCGGGAAUUACGAGCUGCCAGAGAGAUGGUCUCUAUGCAAAAGGGGGAGAUCUCCAUCAUUCGAGCGAAUUUUGAGAAGGAAAGCAAAGUCUACGACCGACAAAUCGGCGCUCUGAAAAAGUCAAUGGAGGAAGAAUCCGCAAAACACAAUGCUGCCCUCAAUGCUUUGUCUGAGAAGAACCAUAGUCUUACCACUCGGUACCAAUUUCUUCAGCAGGAGCACAAUCAAGGCCUUCAGGAGACCAAGUCCCUCAGGCAACGUUUGAAGGAUAGACAGACGGAGAAGGAAUCCGACCUAACAACAACUCCCAAACGCGGCGUUGCAAGCUCUCUUCGGGAUGGCUUCAAUGAUGACGAUAUUAUGCUUAUGUCUCCUUCGAAAUCUGCUAGACGUUCAAAACCGUCAACACCAACCGCAGCGGGCAAGAGAAAACGGAAGACCGAUGGGCCAAGUCCUGUGAAGCCCCUUGUUUUACGUCCGACUAGUUCUACAAGUCAAGACGAGAUGCCGCCGCCGCCGCAACCUAUCCAGACCAUAGAGCAAGUCAUUUCAGUCGUGCGGAAGGACAAGCAAGCUGAACGCAAUCUGAAGUUCCUCCAGUCCGUCAUGGAGUAUCGGAUCAAAGACUCGAAACAGCCACUUUUCGAAGCUUUGACCAAGUUUGCCUUUCCCUCAAACCCGUCCAAAACAUUCUCGGCGCUUUUAUGGGAAAGCAUUGCUCAGCUCAAAGGAAGCCGCCUCCCUGGCGACCUCCUUCAGCUCUUGAUAGAUUUGUGGUGCAAGUCAUUGAAAGAACAAUACUAUAAGCCGAUUGCCUCUCUGCGGGAGAUAGCAAACCAUAUCAUCGACCACGAUAUGCUUGUUCUCGACUCUGGCAUCAUCAAUGCCAUUAUCCCUCUCCUCAAAUCCACCAUCACGAUCAACGCCGAGAAACGCUUUGAACACUCACCAGUGAAUCAUGCGACCUAUGGCAAGGUCCGCCAGACUCCUCAGUCCGUGAUAAACCUAGAGGUUGAUGGGACGAGCUGCUUAGAGCUCAUGCUUACAGUCGCCUAUACUGUGUCAGACGACCUAGAGCUCAUCUCUCUUCUAUGGCGUCUCAUGGACCACCAAUUCAUUCUGAUGAUGCUCAACGCCUGGCAGCCAAUCUCUGAUAUAACACUUAUGCUUCGCUUACUUGCCACAAGCAUCUUUCCUGCCACAUUCGGCAGUAUUUGUGUUGACGAUCAGCAAUCACAGGUCGAACAUUGGAUGAUGAACCGGAUCUGUUCUCUCCUCAGGGAAACCCCCAACGUUGAUGAAGGUGUUGCUCCCUACACGGACCAGCAACUCUGCCAACUACGACUCGAGGCCAUGGACCUGCUCAUUAAAAUCGCCAUAACGUCGUCUCCACCUCCGCAUGAUAAUCCCUCUCAUCACGGCAGUCUUCUCAUUGCAAACGACACGCAUGCGAUUGCGCGCCUCAUCCGCAGCUUGUACGACCAAGUCUCAGCAAUGUACUCUCUCCAUCCGACCACCCACACUCUCCAUGCCUCUCUUGUCAAUAAAGGCGUCUGUCUUCUCCAUCACCUUUUGCAACUCCACGGCUCGACGAUCAACCUGCAAGAGAAGCUCUCGGUGAUUAAUGGCGGGGUGCACAAACACCGAGUGGUGCUCACCAGACUGGCCUUCUCCGAGGGAUUCGUGGUGGAUAAAUACGUGAGCGAUGAGACUGUAGCCAUGGCGACACAGAUGUUGGAGGAGAGUGUCACGCCAGAUGAGGCGGAUGAGCUUGUAAAGUGCUUUCCGGGGUUCAAUGGGAGGGGCGGAGCUGGUAGAGACGAAGAGGAGUAG